CAGGCAGUGGACGUGUUUGCCCCGGUGCAAUGAUUGAGGUAGACGCUUCCUUCCACGUGCCAGAGAAGUCUGAAUCGCCACUUUUAUCAAGGAGCAAUUCAAGUUACAGUACCGAUGUCGGUUAUGCCUCAGGCUCUGCUGGUUCCUCACCACUACCACCGUCGCCGACCGGGCGGCAGGAGUCAGCAACGAAAUUCGGGCAGGACUUCGUGGAUGGAGCUUAUCCAGUUCCAUUGAUCGUUGUGCGAGACGCUAAUGGCUUUCCGGAGCACUUUCCUCUCCGCAUCCGCAACACCUUUCUUGACAUUAAGACGCCGGGAUCCAACGUGGAAUUGGAGGAACGCAUUGUCCGUUCUUGCCCUGUCAGCAGAAUGGUUUCUGCUUGUUCCGACCGUGAGACAGAUGCAGAUGCAGAGGUAUUUAUCCCAAAACCAAGCGCUGACUUCGAACAAGAUUUCUGUGACACUUUGACAGAGGUUUGGGAAGAUGAGCAGCUACAUCCCGACUUCAAGGAGCCCGAAAGACUGGCGGCCGUGCGGCUACAGCAGGUGCCAGUGAUGUGUCCAGGGCAUCCAGCUACCUGGAUGCAUCAUCCCUUUGCCACAAGACCCGUUCCACCUGGACAGGUGCCCUUCGCGGCGCCAGUAGCUCGGGUUGCCCCAGUCUCCGUGGCGACCCCCUUGGCUGCACCCUUCCAAAUCCCCUGCGUCGCGUCCCCAAUGGUGGCGCCGCCGCAGUUGAGGGCCCCCAACUUCCAGGUGACCAAUGAGCCCCCGCCAGCCCCGUGCUUCUCCCCUGGAGAUUUUGCGAAGGCAGGCACACCCCGAGAUCCAGCGCCGGUCACGCAAGAGGUGGCCAAUGAGCCCCCGCCAGCCCCGUGCUUCUCCCCCGGAGAUUUUGCGAAGGCAGGCACGCCCCGAGAUCAAGCGCCGUCCAAGCAAGAGGCCAGCACUCCACCGCCUCCCGCUACACCACCACAGUGCGAUUUGUCGCUCGAGGCUGGAGAACUUCCAUCGGUGGGCUCGGCAGGCCAUGCGAAUGGCAACUGCAAGCCGUGCGCCUUUCUGUUUAAAGUGCCCACAGAGACCAGUACCAAGGAGGGCUGUGAGAGCGGAAUGAACUGCAACUUCUGCCAUCUCUGCCCACCAGGUGAGAAGAAGCGUCGACGCAAAGUCGAACUGGCCAAGAAAGCUUGAUACGAUGAAGGUAGAUGGUGAGAUGUGAGUGAGUGAGUGACAUUUUGACUGUUUUUUCCAUGCCCGUGGCACUUCGAACCGCUGACAUCCACCGUUUCAGCGGAUAUGUCGCUGGAUUUGCAGCGGUUGCCGGUUGCGUUCUUUAUAUGCGAAAGCACACAUCCCGGCAACGUUUUUGCGCGGAUGUGUCAACAGUUUUGACAUGUUUUGACCAGUUUCAUGGCUUUGGAGAGUGAAACUCUACCAACGCCCGGGUCUUCGUAUGGAGCUUUGGCCCCCAAAGCAAUCGCCGAAAAAGGGCCGAAGUUCAGACCCAUCGAGGUUUGUUGAUUCAUCGAUGAUCAUCGAUGUUCAUGCGCCCAAGGUGCAUGGUCGAGCCGGAAUCGUGUUUCACAGAGUUUCACAGCAGGAGAGGAGGUAUUGGUUUUCUCAUGUUUUCUCCAAGGGUCCCAGAUUCUGC